AUGGACGGGCCAAAGAGCACGUCAAGAAACCAGCCUGAGUUGCUCCGCGCACAGACUCAGCAAGCAUUGCGGCAGAUCCUCCGAGACUCUCAGUCGAAGGAUGCAAACACAAGGCUGUUGGCAUUUCAGCGCUUCACGAGCAUCUUCCGAAAGUUCAGUGGGCCUGAUCCCGAGGAGAGCACCAUGCACGUGGCCGCCGAACUGUUGGAGAAAGGGCUUCUGAAACCAAUCGCAGAGGGGCUGAAGGAUUGCGUCGCUGCACCGUGGAGGAUCUUGAUGCAGGGCUUCACAAUCCUGUCUCAGUCUGAGGUGUGCAUCAAAGCACUUGAGUGCCUUGCGUUGGAUUCCCGCACCGUGAAAUACAUCCUGCAAGAGGACCCCACCCUGCCAGCUGUCCUCAGGGCGCUGUUUCUCAACGAGCUGAAGCUAGCAGAGAGGUCUGCUUCUCCACCUGACGUCAGAGUGACGCGCGCGAUCCUCCAGACGCUCCCCAGGUUCUUCAUGGUCGAUUCCGCGCGCGAGGAGACCGGCAGGAGCGCGGACUUUCUGAACGCGGUCAUGCGCCACGCGCUCCGCCAUUUCCAGGACCUUGUUACGGUCCAUGCGCGGCUCUUGCUCUGGUCCUCUUGCGAAGAACAACUAGAGGAGGAGGACCACUCUCUCAUGGUUCUGCUGGCGACAGCCCUCGAGUACGGCACGCCGGCUGCGCGUGCGAAGGACACGUGUCCCCCGCCCGGCGUCUCCAUCCACGAAGACGCGAAACGGCUGGCGAAUGCAGAUCCCUCCGCGUGGGCGCGCGCGCGGGUCCUGCGGACGCUCCUCGCGCAGGAACCAGAUACGGACGGGGACAAUUUCCGCGUGCGCUUCGUACGUCCGAAAGCGUCGGAUGGGGCGCGGGGGGUGGAGGGAGCGCAAAAGGCGGAGAUGAUGGGGAUCCAGCCGGCAGAAAGAAAGAAGGCGACACGGUGCUCCGGGCCGGGGUGCGACGAGGCGGAAACUAGACCGGGGGAGUUCCAGAUGUGCGGGGGUUGCAGGCUCGCGGUCUAUUGCGGGAAAGAUUGCCAGCGGAGGGCUUGGAAGGCAGGCCACAAGGAGACUUGCCAGAAAACGGCUUGA